CGGCUUUUGAUAUUUUUAUUGUUUAUUUACUAUUAUUUCUUGAUAAAAUUGCAGUGUAAAAGUGUUGGGACGUAUAAACAAUGGAUCCCUACGAAAUAGAGUUCAUAGGGGAGAACAGAAUAGUUAGUAUCAUCCCGAAUUUCACUUACGACAAGAUUUACCUGAUUUGCGGCGAGUUUGGGCCCUGGGCAGGUUUGCCGAUGAACGUGCCCCUGUGGCUGGCCGUGAUGCUGAAACAGAAGCAGAAGUGCCGGAUGGUGCCUCCGGACUGGAUGGAUAUCGAAGUUCUAGAAGGAAUUAAGGAGGCGGAGAAAACCUCGAGGUUCUUCACAAAAAUGCCUAAUGAACACUACAUGGUAGAAGCCAAGCUCAUCCUCGGCACAGCCCCCGAGGAUGUUCCCCGGGCCGCCGAGAUCAAGACCAUAAUCAAAGACAUCUGGGACAUCCGCAUGUCGAAGCUGCGGACAUCUAUGGACGCGCUGAUGAAGGCGGGAGGGAGCUACGGUCGGCUGGAUCAUUUGACCAUGAUGGAGAUCAACUCGGUGAAGCCGCUGCUGCCGGAGGCCAUGGAUGAGCUACAUAGGAUACAGAUGAUGACUUCAAAGAACAUUCCCUCAUCCAGCCUCAACACCAGUUCGUUCAGCCAGUCCGGCAACUCGCAGAACUUAUGAACUGCCCUUCCUAUUCACUAUCUAGAUGUAAGUAAGUAUUCUCUAUGUUUAUUGAUAAGAUUGUCUGGAAUAAUGUGAUCUUUGUUUACUGUUGAUUAUAAUUUUAAGA